AAGCAGUAAAAGGUCAAGUAGACUAGACCGCUAGUUUUGCAGUUUAGAUUCUAUUCUAUUCUCUAUUGAAAAUAGCCUCAGUUCCUCAUUUUCUGUGUUUAAGAAAACUCGCGUAUCAUGCAGUGAUUUUAAUAAAAUUUUGAACAGAAAGUUAAAAAAAUCUUGACAGAUGUUUUACACGAAAUAUCAAAUAUACGCGGCAUCUGUGCCGGCUGAUGGAAUCAGAAAAUUAUUUCACAAUACGUGCAUAGAUUGUGUUGGAAAAUUUGCAAUGACAUUUUACAGCUGUGCUAUAAAUGCAUGUUCAAUGUUUGGUCGUGCAAAAUAAAAUCGUGCAAACUAAACCGUCGCCGAUGUAAAGCAUCCAAGUUAGGUUCAUCUGCUUACGUAUAACAAUUGGCAUAAGUUUUUGCAUACGUUUUUCGGGAAUUAUGCGUUUUUUUAAUCCGUUAUCUUGAUAAUAUAAUAGGCUUUUUCGUUUAUUUUCAUGAAAGAGUACAACAGUAUAUACAAUAUGGUUAUAUGUUUUGAAUUCUAAUAUUAGUAAUCAGGUUUUCUCCCAAUGAACUUGGCCACGUUCAGUAUAAGUUGAAAGUUCCAACCAUAAUUAAAUUACUGAAUAAAUUGAGCUUCCAUGCAUGAGUCGAGCCAAUAGCUGAAGAUCUUAUAUUGGGUUUAAAUAAAAUCAUUUAUACAUAUUAAGUGCAAUUUAACGUACAACCUCGUAAAAAAACAUAUUCGUAUAGUUUGAAUUUAAUGAUCUUUUGGAAAAGAGAGUCAUCUUAGGGUUACACUAUCAAAGUUUCUGCGAUCACAGUAGGAAUUUUGCAUAGGUAAAUUGUGAAUUUUGAAGGAUUUGUAAGAAAUAUUUGAGGAAACUGAUUCACUGUUUAACACUGAGUCAGUUCCCGGCUCAAACAUUUCUUCUAAAUCCCUCAAAACGUAGAAUUUGCAAAAUUCCUACUCUGACUGAUCACAGGCAUAAAAGUGUUGUAUAUAAGUACCUAGCCUGCAAGCAGGCUGGCAUAUUGAAGUUAGACGUAUAUCUAGUGCAGUAAGUAAACUUUUUGCACAUGUGCUAAACUGUUAGUGUAUUCCCGAUAAAACGCAGUAGAUAUGACAAAAUGAAAACUAUAUCCUUACCAUCCCGAAACACUACAGGGUGACCAGAACCGACAUCCAGUAAUAUCUGUGACACUAAAAGCAUCAACGUCGUGCGGCUGAACACAUCAAUCAUUCUCGUGUUUAUGUGAUUCCCACUUUGGAUCUCACUUUGAAAUAUAUUCCCUCUUUACACCCAAAUAGAUCGUUCUACGUUAACAUAUAAACUCGAACACUCCAACAGAAAGCAGCGCUGACUUUAAGCUUAAUGCGACAGAUAUAUCUGUGUACAAAUACGCUUUAAUUUCCACCAUUUAUAACGAGUGUUGAAUGUUUAUCCAAAAUGUAGCAAAUCACUGCAGUGAUGUUGCAAUUAUUCGUCAUUCUAAAUCAAUUUCUGCCAACAGUUUCCCGAACAGACAUCGCUUUAGUAGACAAUUAUGUGAACGCGGUGUGGAGAUUUUAUUAAGGACGACGGUGCUUAGUUAAUAAUACGUGCAGAUAUAUUGCGCCGUACUGUGUUAUUACCUCGCGUUAUUCUGUUAUCUGUUAACGAAUUAAACAUUCUGUCUUUGUUUGACACAGCGUGAUAUCUAACCCUGCAGUUAUCGCAUAUCUAAGACAGGCUCUAAAUGAACUUUCCAUUUGUGGUAGUAUAUUGAAACACUAUUCUGUUUCGCAGUGCAUUGACAAGAUUAGACUUAUCAGUGCUAUUUAUUUUCUUGCAGUAACGUAUUGCCUAUGAAAGAUUGUGAAAUGGGUCACAAAUUGAUACGCCGUAAUAUAACGCGGAUUUUUUAUUGCUUAUUUAACUCGAAAGAACAACAAGGGACUAGUAUCACGCGACAAACGAUGUCCCGUAGAUAUGUACACGACAUCAUCAUUCAAGUAAGGCCCCGGUUUUGAUAGCGGAUCUUUUCAUGCGUCGAAAUCCGAACCUGAUCAAAUUAAAUACGGCACAAGAUCGGCAACAGAACGUCCGACCUAAUUGUACCGUGCCAAAGAACAAGUACAUUAUGUCAGAAAUUUCAAUGCUAACUUGCUAAUAUGUAUAUAUCAUAAUCAUAUGAUAAUGUACGUUAAAAAAAUGUGCGUAAAUCUAGGUUCGGAGCAUGAAAAGCACGGCGUCCGGCCAAACACAACGAUAUGACUUGCCGUAUUUUGUGCCGUGUCGAACUCUAAUCAAAACUUGGCGAACUUAAUUGAUUUAGACGCCGCCCUUCUUCCGUACUUAAUCAUUGUAUUAGGUUCGGGGCAUGAAAAUUCGCCGUCUAAACCCGGUCCUUAAGGUCCUAUAUACGACUGCACAAACUCGUCUUGCAAUUUUGUUGCGAGAAGUUGCACAUAGAUCUUCAUGUUUCGCGACAAAAGGGAUAAGGUUAUGAUUGGGAUCAAGAUCAAACAGAAAUAUAUUUCUGCGCGAAACAUAACGAUAUGUAAUCAACUUUCCAAUCUGGCAGUAAUUUGCUGCUGCAUAUAUAUAGACCUGCGUUAGAUUACUUUAUCUUCUUGUGCUGUUUCCGCUUUUGUAUUUUGUCAUUUAUGUAUUCUUUACUUGCCUAUGCGAAGUUAUCAAAAUUAGAAAAGAUAUAGAAUCAUUAUCUGUGUGAAAAUGUUUUACUUGACUAAAUAGGGCAUGACAACCUCGUAAACCAGGGUAUUUUCUCUCACAAAAAGAAAUUCUUAAUUUGGGAUGCUAUUCUCUUUAUCACAUAUUCACAUUUCUUGACUUGCAUCUUGACACCUUGAUCACAGGUAAUUGAAAUUCCUUUUCAUGUAAUUGAAACAUCAAACUCAGCUAUUCAUGUUAACAUGUUCAUAUCCAAAAUUUACGCAUCAUUUUUAUAUUUGAUGUCAACAAAUAAACUGUACAGAACACUCAGUUCUUCAUUUUCCUGCAUUCCUGAAUCCUUCCUAGCCAUUUUUCAAACUCACUCGUGCAAAACAGUCGGCCAUUUAAAAGCAAAUAGCGUUCUAAAAUAACUUAAGAAAGAAUUUUGUAUCAAUUAGUGACAAAAGUAUUCACAUGUUAUCAUUUUAGAGAAUUAUAUAAAUUACAUCUUUCGUGAUAUAAUUUCUGAUUUCGUUGAGGCCUUCGAAGCUUGAUAGUUUGAAAAGUGAAAAGGUUCUUCGCGAUUAUUGUGGGAUAAAAUGAAGUGUUCACUUUCUUUUAUGUUUUUGAGUUUUUUGUUUGUCUACUUGGUUUUCGUUGGUUUCUCUGGGGCACAAAGCGGUUUGGCUGAACUAUUGGAAGCGGUAGAAGAUAGGUGAGGUUUUGCAAAUUUUGUUUUCAUAAUUUCAUGGUGCUUGUUUUUACUCAUGCAUCAUAUGCAUGGACCAAGUUCUUAGAAGAUUGAUAGACGUACUCUUUGAGUCGAUCUGAACGAGAUCUGAAGGAAUUCGAGGAUAUAUUAAUUCUAUUUAUCCAGAUUUAUUUGUGCAUGGGGAAGAAACACUGGUACUAUGCAGUGUUAUCAGAAUUUUGGGUUUAACCUUGAUAUUUAUACACAUGCACCGUAAACUGGCAUCACUUCAAUGUAAUUACAUGAACUUGCCGAUUAAUCACGUCAUGGUUAAAUCUCGUUAACUGUGUCUGUGUAGCUCAGUUUAGACAGCGCUGCACCAGUUCGCAGCCGAUAACGAUCAGCUGUUCCUGUUUAGAUCAAAAUAUAAAAAAUUUACGCUCGAAAUUAGUUCUAUCUACAUAACCCUCUUCUAUGCUUUUGGAUACUGUGUCAUUCAGUAGUAUGAACACUGACCUACCCACAUUAGUAAUGUAAGCACUGUUUUAAAGUGUUACCAAUGUAUUAUUUAAUAAAACAUAUGCUAUUCAGAAAACGGUUAUGGUGACAUUUGUAUCAACCUCAAAUCUAAACUCUGUGGUUUUCUCUAAGCCUGGUUCACACUCGCAAUUUUGUCGGCGAUUUUGUGUUUCUGACGGAUGCAAAUGAGUGAACUCUCACAAAAAUACACAGUCGCUUUUCAGAAGUACACAAUUCUAAGUCUUUUGCAUGUCACUCAUUCGAUCACAUUUGCAGGAGGAGAAAUGUGUGAACCAGGCUUUAGCGUUUUUAAACACGACACGUCCUUGCGAUAGUAUUAAAUAUCUAAUUAUCUAAUUUAAUAUUUUUUCAUGUUAGUAAUGAUGACGCGGCUGCAUUUGAGAUGACGUCAGAUGAAGAUGACGUCAAAAUCUUGCUUGAUGUUGCCGCUGAAAUAUGUAACCGUACAAGGAUUCAUGGAGGUUCGUUGAUUUCGGGCCUUGUACCGGAUAGCUUUUUGUGGCGACGUGAAAAACACCUAUCUGUACCUUUUAGGAACGCUAUUUUCCGAGGAAUUAUUGCAACAGAGAGAUGAUGUAUCGCUUAGCUUCUUUGUUGUACAUUCCGUAUCGGAUAGGUGCUUUUUCGCGCCACUACGGGAAGCUAUCCGAUAUAGUGUCGCCCUACCAUAGAUAUCUUAUAUUAUAUACACUAGAUAGUUCAUCUCUUUUAGUAAAAUUGAAGCCAAUAAUAUUCCAGCGGUUACCCCCAUUUGAAUAGAUGGCGGCCAUGUUGGUAGUUCCCACUCGCUAAUAAACGCUUAGAAAAAAACAGUAACUUUCAUGCUCAUUUGAAUAGUUUAAAAAUGUAUUUGGAAUAGGUUUAACUUACUGUUCAAGUUCCCUGUUUAAGAAAUAGAAAACAUACGAAUCUUCUCAUUUCAUGGGAAUAUCCUGAGUCUGCAAUCACGGCUUCAAUUUUUGAAUUGCAGAAUAAUUAGAUGCACUAUCUAGUGUAUAUCAGUAAUACGCCCUACAGAGUCUGUAAAUCCAUCUAUUAUGUUUAAUAAUUUUCUGAAUGCUAUACUAGUCUUUAUAAAAUUUUAAAGCUUGUUCUUUUCUCUUUCGACUAAGGUCUAAGGGGUCAUUUGUGUCCAAAAUGCAAGUGAUAACGGCACAAGGGAAAAUUUAGUAUAACGCAAUCAUUGUAUUAGCUGCCAUUUAAUAUUAAAUGCAAUUCUGUUUUAAACUUGACAGAUCAGGAUCUGAACAAAGGACUGUGUGAUUGUUUUCGCCGCUAUCAAUUUGGUAACUGAAGAUUUUUGGUAAGCGGGGUUGAUGCCAUUUUGAGAUGCCUAAUCGUCCAAACUGACCGAAAUUAUAAUUAUGAAGCAAUUUUUUUGCAGCGUUUUUGUCGCACAAAUUCUUCAAUUUGGUGCCAGAAAGUGCAGGAACUGAUGGCAUUUCCGAGCUUCGAUUUUUCAACUGGGGAAGCAUGCAUGCCCCUGCCCCCCCCCCCCUACUUUUCAACCCACUUCUUUAAAUAUCUUCUUACACUGCUGCUGUGCCUGGGACAGUUGGAUCAUUUUUGGCCUGUCGUGUUUGCAUUUGGCUGAAAACUACGAUAUCCAGUGAAUAUUGUGAAACUGAAUUGAGAUCGAAAAAGUUCUGAAAAACGUAUUCUUAACGCUCUUUUAUCCAAGGAAGGUUAGGGGAAAAAACAUUUUGGACCUAUUAUUUUCAAGAAAACGUGUACCUCCGCGUUUCGACACCAAAACGAAGAGGGCCCAAACUUUUGAGUUCACCUCCCCAAAGACAUAUCGGUGUCGGCAUAGUCCUACACUCACAGUGUAGCCUACAUGAAGUAUAUUAAUUUGUUAUUGUACAUUUGAUUUACAGGCAUUAGGCUUUAGUCCUUAUCGUGGAUUAAGAAGAAAAAAAGAAGACUGGAAUAUAAUAGAACUGAGUCUGAGAUGGCCGAUGUAUAAUUGAUAUAUUCAUGAAAUAAAAAAAUUGACCAUGACUCACAUUCACACUGUUAAUGUACACAUUCCUAUUUGUUCAACAUGUUUGCUCAAAUUUAAAGGGAAUAAUUCCAUGAAUAAUUCUAUUUCAG